AUGCUGUUCGCUCUCACAGUACUCUGCAUUUUCAUCAUUAACGCCUACGCAGACUAUUGCGUGCCAGACUACUACCAGGAGCGCUUGUACUCGAACUUCCACUACAACCUUAACAAAAAUUUGGUAUGGGACGAAGAUCUUUCCGAGCGGGCUUGCAAGGAAGCUAUCGGUGAAUUAGGCUCACAUGGCUUUGACAAGCUCACGGCAGAAAAGACGUUCUCCACAUCCCCCGUGAGAUCGAGCAAAAUACGAAGUACUCUCUUCAAUGCAUUCAAGAAUGAAGCGCAAGUCAACGUGGUUCGCAACCUUCCUGCAGGCACGAAGUAUGGAUGCAACGCUGUGGAUAUUGGUCAGAAAACGAAGGUUGUCUGCCUCUACGAGAAGCAAUGA